UGGAAGGAGGUCAGUAAUUGUCAUGGAAAAAAAAAACAAAAAGCAUCAAACAACAGCUCAAGUCAAUAAUUUCAAUUCAAAUGUCACUUGUCAAACGACCGAACAUCGCAAUCGAAGUCUUUUUCUUCGAGCGAUGAUAAAUUUCUAAAAACUAUUCGUAAUACAUUACAAAGUAUUUAAAUCAAUAACAUCUACAAUCGAGAUUUGACUGAGAUAUCUUAUGUGUUUGUUUCUGCAAUGUGCUGAAAAAAGAGGGUGUGUUUGAUUUGAACUUCUGUCAACUAUAUUGAUUUCCAUUAUUUCUGAAAGAACCCCUCGAAAACAUGUAGACAGAGCCGGUUAUUCAUCAGUUUACUCGUCCGAAAAUCAAAGUAUAUUUGCACAAGCAAUAUCUUUGUCGAGUGCGUGUUAUGAUGCGGUCUCAAUAUGAAAACUAAAAGUUUCUUGCUAUUUUCUACAUCUGUGUUUGCCAUCAGUAUAUUUCUGAUAGUAUUCCAUUCUCAGCCACCCCAGUCAAUACAGACAAUAGUUAUACAGACUCACCAGCAUAUCAAGGAUUUUCAGGUGUCUAUAUCACCACAGGAGAACCUAAGAGAUGUGGAAGAGAACCACCUGGUGCAAGAAAAGAGGUACUUCAAGCUGCUGGGGCUGGACGGGCAGGUGGAGCAGUGGCACAACACCACCCUGCCCGUAUUGGUCACCUACGCUCGGGGCGACGACCAUGCGCUCGCCGUCAGCUUCGUGAGGGCUGCCCAGCAGCUGCCAUUCACUGUGCUACUUUAUAAUUUAGGGUUAAAACCUUACUCCUUGAGUGUGGUAUCAAAUUACUGCAACUCGUCAAAGUGCGCCAUCAUAGACUUCGAUCUAGAAGCUUUCCCCUCACAUGUCAGCGAUGAGAGCAUUCAUGCAUUUAGACCUCUUAUUAUACAGCACGCCCUGAGUCGUGUCGGCGGCGUGGUGUUCUGCGAGAGCUCGCAGCGCUGGCGCAGGGGCGUGGGCGAGCUGUCGGCGCUGUGGGCGCGCGUGCGCGGCGCGGGGGUGGGCGGGGGCGGGGGCGCGGGCGCGGGGCGGGCGGGCGGCGCGCUCGGCGUGCUGGCGUGGCCGCUGCGGCCCGCCGUCACGUCGCUCACGCACCCGCGCAUGUUCCACUACUUCCACGCGAACAUCGACGACUUCCUGUUCAUGCAGAUGGUGGACGUCACGCGGCUCGUGAUCGCCAACAAGCCCGCCACCGCUGAUAUAAUGCGCCCGUGGAUACAGUGCGCGCUCACGCUUGACUGUAUUAUGCCUAUAGGUGCUCAAUCCGGCGGUUGUCGGUUCGACAAGAAGCCGCAGUACCGGUACUCGGGCUGCCACGAGCAGGACGCGUCCGCGCUCAGCAUCGUGCUGGGGCUCCGGUCGGGCUUCGAGGAGGCGCAGUACACGGCGGAGGACGCGCACGCGUGGCGCCGGGUGAGCCAGCACGAGGCGCGCCUGGAGCUGGCCGGCCUCGAGCGGAACAGCUCCGAGGCGGAGGACCGCACCGACCACAGCGCCGCCUCCGCGCCCGCCGCGCACUGAGGGAGUGUCAUACCCACAGUGUACACUUGGCACUAGUUCUCAACGCGAGUGUCAUACCCACCAGUGUACACUUGGCACUAGUUCUCAACGCGAGUGUCAUACCCACAGUGUACACUUGGCACUAGUUCUCAACGCGAGUGUCAUACCCACAGUGUACACUUGGCACUAGUUCUCAACGCAUAUGUGUGUGUGUGUGUGUUAUACGUGUACCUCGAGGUAUAUCAUAUUUGGUGAUCACAAAAAGAAAAUAAUUAUUAUUCAGUAGCCGACUACUGUAGCUGUUUCUGAGUGUGACAAGGGCAUAAUGAAAGUUAAUACGAUAAAAUAUUAUAUAUGUUGUAUGUCACGUUUGACACGCGUUUGACACCGAGAAGGUAAGCGUUUGAAGAUUUAUCAACUAUGUAUUAGUUUAUCUAUUACACAAGCACGGUCGUGUGACUCCACUGGUGUUUUGUGUUGUUGAAUUUAUUGAGAAAACGUUUAUAGAUGUUUCAACUUGUGCUUUUAAACUGCUUCGAGCUGAUGAGCUGCAUAAAAUAGUAAAAUAUUUACUUAUUGAUCAGAAAUUGCCUUGGAAAUAAUCCUAAUGUUACAGUUACAAAGUUAGUAUGGUCUGUUACUGCUAUCA